GUUUCAGGGGUUUAGCUUCAGCUUUUUGAAUGCAGUGAUCUCUGCUGUGUGUGCAGAUGUUUCACAGUGAGACACAAACACCUGAAACACUCAGACAGCUGCAGCAGAGACUCUGCAGAGGGGGAACAGCUCAGGGAACUGCAGGAAGCGGCGGUAAGGGCCCUCCUGCCCUCCGUAGGUCCCUUCGUAGGGCCCUACUGCGGAUUUCCUACAAGUUCUCAGAUGUCAGACACUCAGGGGGCUCAUGUUGCCUUCUUCCUCCUCCUCCUCCUCCUCCUCCUCGGAAACGGGAUGUGAUGUAAAUACACAGAAAGUUUUUUUCGUCCCCGUCUCUGUGGAGUGUGCAGCUCCUCUUCUUCUUCUUCUUCUUCUUCUUCUUCUUCUUGUUCCAACACUUUGUUGAAGGAAAACUCUCCGAAGAGGAUCUCAGAGGCGGACCGUGACGCGUCGGACGGAUUCGGUCACCGUUACUUUGCUCCACCAUGAUCCUGUAAACUCCACCGACAGUGAACCCACCGACCUGCCGGACUGCGCUCCGACACAGACGGAUCAAACCGGAGAGAAGCUCGCUGCUGGUGUGGAUCCGGAGGGAACCCGCGGACAGAGAUGUAGCAUGUGUGUUGGUGUGAUCUGCGGACCAUCAUGCACCUCUUCCUGCUGCUGAUCCUUCAAGCCACAGCAGCCUUCGGACAGAUUGACCCUGCACACUGUCGCUAUGCCUUGGGCAUGGAGGAUGGACGGAUUAAAGAUGAUGACAUCACAGCAUCCAGCCAAUGGUACGAGACCACAGGACCACAGUACGCCAGGUUGAAUCGUGAGGAGGGGGACGGUGCCUGGUGUCCUGAGGGACAGCUGGAGCCUUCAGACAGUCAGUUCCUGCAGGUGGAUCUGGGCAGGUUGACUUUCCUGACGGUGGUCGGGACUCAGGGACGAUACGCCAGGUACUCCGGGAACGAGUUCGCCCGAGCUUACCGCCUCAACUACAGCCGGGAUGGCCUGCUGUGGAAGUCCUGGAGGAACCGGCUGGGGAACACGGUGAUGGAGGGCAACAAAAACGCCUACACCUCUGUCAUCAACGACCUCCACCCUCCGAUCAUCACCCGCUACGUCCGGCUGAUCCCGGUCACCAAACUGUCCACCACCGUCUGCAUGAGAGUGGAGCUGUACGGCUGUCUGUGGGAGGACGGUCUGAUCUCCUACAACGCUCCGGAGGGUCAGCUCAUGAUGCCGCCUGGUUAUCCCAUCGCCAGCCUCAACGACUCCACGUAUGACGGAGCACACGAGAGGAGGAGGCUGUUAGGCGGGCUGGGUCAGCUGACGGACGGUGUGAUCGGCCUGGACGACUUCCUGCUGACGCGUCAGUACCACGUGUGGCCCGGCUACGACUACCUGGGCUGGAGGAACGACUCGCUGGGAACUCAGGGAUUCGUGGAGAUGGAGUUUGUGUUCGACCGGCAGAGGAACUUCACCUCCAUGAAGGUUCACAGUAACAACAUGUUUGCCCGUGGCGUGAAGAUCUUCUCCACUGUUAGCUGUUGGUUUAAGCCCCGCCUCAUUGCUGGCUGGGAGCCAGAGCCCGUGGCGUUCAAAACGGUGCUGGACGACAGGAACCCCAGCGCCCGCUACGUCACCGUGCCGCUGAACCGCCGCACAGCAAAGUCUCUGCGCUGCCGCUUUUACUUUGCUGACGUCUGGAUGAUGUUCAGCGAGAUCUCCUUUCAGUCGGAGGACACCGUACUCCCAACCCUGAUGCCCCUGGGGUUGACCUCCCCUGUAGUCAAGGAGGACAGUUCCACGACAACCACACCUGUGACAGCAGCCAAUCCAUCAGCCAGUGACCCGCCUGAUGACGGGAACACGCCCAUUCUGAUUGGCUGCCUGGUGACCAUCAUCCUGCUGUUGGUCAUCAUCAUCUUCCUCAUCCUCUGGUGCCAGUACGUCUGCAAGGUGCUGGAGAAGGCUCCACGUCGGAUCCUCGACGAGGAGGUGACGGUUCGGCUGUCGUCCUGCAGCGACACCAUCAUCCUCCAGACCCCCCCUGUGCCCCCCCGCUCUGGCCACGCCUCCACAGGCCCCGCUAACACUGACCCUCACUAUGAGAGAGUUUUCCUGCUGGACCCGCAGUACCAGAACCCGGCGGUGCUGAGAAACAAGCUGCCCGAGCUGUCUCAGAGUGCAGAGGCCUCAGCUCUCCUCCUCGGUAAUCCUCUCUAUGACCUCCUCCUGCUGACUUCCUGUCACAUGACGCCAGGCUGGCUGCGUGCGUGUGGAGGAGGCUACGCCGAGCCUGACGUCACCCAGUGCACGCCACACCAGUGUUUCCACAGCAACGCACCGCACUACGCCGAGACAGACAUCGUGCGGCUGCAGGGCGUCACCGGCAGCAACAUGUACGCCGUCCCCGCCCUCACCGUGGACUCACUCACCAGGAAGGACAUCUCUGCUGCCGAGUUCCCACGGCAACAGCUGAUCUUCAGGGAGAAGCUGGGGGAGGGGCAGUUUGGAGAGGUCCACCUGUGUGAGGCCGAGGGGCUUCCAGAGUUCCUCGGCGAGGGGUCUCCUCUUCCUGACAGAGACGGCCAUGCGGUGCUGGUGGCUGUUAAACAGCUGAGGGCUGACGCCACCAGCCAAGCCAGGAACGACUUCCUGAAGGAAAUAAAGAUCAUGUCUCGUCUGAACGACCCCAACAUCAUCCGUCUGCUGUGUGUGUGUGUGUCGUCUGACCCACUGUGCAUGGUGACCGAAUACAUGGAGAACGGAGACCUCAACAUGUUCCUGUCGCAGCGGGAGAUCGAGAGCACGCUGACGCACGCCAACAACAUCCCUUCAGUCAGUCUAUCCGACCUCCUCCACAUGUCAGUGCAGAUCUCGUCAGGGAUGAAGUACCUGGCGUCUCUGAACUUUGUGCACCGCGACCUGGCCACCAGGAACUGCCUGCUGGACCGCCGCCUCACCAUCAAGAUAGCCGACUUUGGGAUGAGCCGGAACCUGUACAGCAGCGACUACUACCGCAUCCAGGGCCGGGCGGUGCUGCCCAUACGAUGGAUGGCCUGGGAGAGCAUCCUGCUGGGGAAGUUCACCACGGCCAGUGACGUGUGGGCGUUUGGUGUCACCCUGUGGGAGAUCUUCACUCUGUGUAAGGAGCAGCCCUACAGCCUGCUGUCUGACGAACAGGUCAUAGAGAACACUGGCGAGUUCUUCAGGAACCAGGGCAGACAGAUCUUCCUCUACGGCCCUCCGCUCUGCCCACCUUCUCUCUUCGAGCUGAUGAUGCGUUGUUGGAGUCGCGACAUACCCGACCGACCCACCUUCGAGGGACUUUACCAAGCCCUGAGGCCCCAUGUCAACCAGUGAGCCGAGGCUGCUGGGAAGUACCACUCGGCGAGUUUCUCCAUCUCUGGACUCCUUUAAGACGACAGACUGACACGACAGGACAGAGGACUGGGAUUGUGUGCAAGAGAAAGCCUCUGUCAGAGGGAAUGGCAGAACUGUGGUCAGGAGGUGGGUUUGCUUUGUGGUCACAGCAGCGCUCUGCUCUGAGAGACAGCAUGGAGGAAGGAGACAAGGCGGGUCAGCUCAGAGGAGAUCCAAACCUUUCAGUCAUUGGUGAACAAAGAUUUCUAAGCUUUUUACAGAUUUCUAUCAUUACUGAUUUCACAGUUUCGUCCAUAUCUUUAAUGCUCCUUUGACCAAAACGUCUCGUCGGACCUUUUGACAUAUCUUUUCUUCAUGUUGUUAUGGUGCCAAAGGUGCCGUACACUUUAUUUUCUUCUUCUCUUUGGCUUUUUAAGACGCCAAAAACUGGACAGACACUUCAGCCUUGGUAGUUUCUCCUGUCCCUGUGGUUAUUAUUAAUAUUGUAAAGCACUGUCUGUGUCUCUCAGUUAUUCAUGUUCAUAUAUUAACCCACACUGGAGCUAGGGUUAGGGUCAAAGUGUAGUGUAGUUUUAUUUUUAGAUUUUUAUUCUAUUUUAUUUUUCUUGUUUUACGGUAUUUCACUUUUGUUGGUCUUUUUUGUGGAUAUGAACGUUGGUCAGCUGAGGGUCACAUCAUGGUGCCGACAGGCUGCAAUGAAACCUGUAUGGUUCAAGGACUGAAAAUCAGUUGGUGGGUAAUUUAAGGAGAAAAUCUCGAGUGACGGCACAUUGAAACCAAAUAAGUAAAAAAGUGUUGUGCCUUUUUUGUUGCCAUAGAGAAAUAAAGAAUUUAAGUGAUAAACAGUUAUGUUAUUUUAUUAAAUUUGUAAAAUAAAAAAAAAAAGAAAUCCUUUGUAAAUGGACUGAACCUUCAACAUCUGCCAGUUGGUGGAUCUUUUUAUUCAAAGUGCCUUACAUUUGUAGCAUGAGUGGUACCAGUGGGAAUAAGCCAACGUUAACAGCACGGGUACACAGAGGAGUAUCUAAUGCAAAGAUCUAAUGUCAAGGUUUUAUUUACCUGUGUCUGUGUUUGUGCUGGGGCCUGUAAAAUGUAUGUUAAGUGUGUCUAUGUCUAUGUUGGAGCCCAGAGACCUGUAGAUGUGUGUUCUUUGUCUCCAUCAGCCCGGUUCUGCCUUGAUGGAGCUGCAUUUGGCUUGCGCCCCCAAACAUUAGCCAGCUAGCCGUAAAGUAUUACGGGUUGAAAUCCCGUACUCAGUAGUUUCAUCAUUAGAAUCAAAGAACUUUGAAACAAAUGACGAACUGUUCAAAUUAAGAUUAUUCACCACACAAAAUCGAGGACGUCGCAGCAUGUAGGAUAAUAAUUUUGGUGAAUAACCGAGAUGUUAGCUGUCUAAAGAGCUAGCUAGUUCUUGUGUUGUAGAUAUAUCCAACAUGUUUUCAUCCCAGGUUGUCAAAUGCCAUCGCUUUCUCUUUCCUUUGGUGUAUGAUACCUGUGCCAAAAGGCACCCUUGGGCGUCUUUGUAAGACUCACCUUUUAGCGUGUAUAUGUGAUGCACUGUUGGUCCUGGGUAAAACUCGUGAUUAGAUUGAGGGAACAAAACUGCUUCUGCAUCAGUUUUGGACGUUCAGAGAUGACGUGCACGUUAAGCUUGUUACGCGCGUCGUCUCUUUUCAAAAUAAACUUACAGCGUAGGUAAAAAAAACUUUGUUUUUAGGUUUACUUCGUUAAGUUUAGGCCACAAAAGAACAUGGUGAGGUUUAGAAAAAACGUCAUAGUUAAGCUUAAAAUAAGUGAUUCUAAUGUACGUCACUUGCACAGCUUGCAACACAUGCUAACACACUACGUCAUUAUUGAAACAACUCGAUUGACUUUGGUUUCCCAGAAGACUAAAAACAGUGGGCUCCCGUGUAAAAUUCUGGAGUUUGUUUGUCCCAUCCACCUCCCCUCCUGCCCGGAGACUUUCUCACAAUUUACACCAUAGUAGUUGCCGGAGCGUCAUCACGGUGCUGUGCAGGUCGUCUCAUACAGCAGCAAAAGUUUGCCUCCCUGCAUGUCUAACGUUGACGGGCCACUGACCAAGCUUUGCUAUUUCACAAAUUGGGAGUGAGACGGAUAUUCUCCUCACCUGUCUUGUCUUUGAGAGCACUAAGAUGAGACUAGCUCUGGUCUGAUUUUAAAGACAUGCUACAGCAGCCAAUCAGAGCACAUCAAGGUAAAAUCUCGGCGAGUGGAGACGAGACACGACAUGUACAUUUUGGGCCGAACGUAGCAGAACUACUGUGUAAGAAAGGGACCCUCUGAGCUGAGGGCCAAUGAGCCACUAGAGACUGAGGGGGAUGAACAGAUACACCUUGGACAGAUGGAGCCAUCAGACAAGUCCCGCCUCUCACUGCUUUAACCAGCCAAUCACUGCAGCCAGUCCUACUGCCCUCUGUUUUCUGCCGUAAGAGGGUGCGAGUCAAGGCCUGUCUUGAAAUCCAUACUGAUUUUUUACAGCAUAGCAUUUAAGAGUUUUGUUUACAGAACUGAUGAUGAUGAGUUUUCCAAACAUGUACUGAAGCAUUUCGCCAUAAUGUCCGGAUAACUGAGGGAUCGAGCGUCGGCCAUGGAAAAGUAAAGGUUAUUGGUCAACACUGCAACUGGACUAACGGAUGCGUGAUGUGUUUUAAGGCUAAUCUUUGUCGUCAGCAUCAUUAUCUAAUGUGUAAAAGUGGUUUUGAAAUUUCAUAAUUUUAUGUCCCAUUCUUUUAAUGUUUUAGUCGCUCUCUUAGUCUCAGUGUGUAACAUGUGUGCAGUAUUUUCAAUCCUCUCGGAUCAAAUUUUUAAAAGUGUAAAAGGUGCAAAUCAACAUCAUCUUCACCAAAGAGAGGGAGGAAGACCAAAUAUGUUCAGUCUGAGUGCAUCUUUCAGUGUUUCUGUUGUUACAGUAGUGUUUAUUUUAUCUGUACUGUAUCUUAACACUUCUAUGAGUGUGUACAUGUGUGUGUUUAAGAGAAAAUGAGUGUUGUGAUCGAGUGUAUUUGACAUUCCUUUGAGCACUGGGAGCUAGUUGGGAUUGAAGUGGUUAACCGGAGUUGCUCCGUUGUGCCAAACGAUGUAAUUAAAUGACGGGGAGGGAUUUUUGUUUUAAAGCAAGAGGACAGAAAGUGAGGAAACCACUAAACUCAAUCUCCCAGAGUCCUUUGCUACAGUGAGCCUGUGUAUUUUGUUGUGGUUCCUUUAGAGAGAUAGACGAGUCAGUGUACAGUAUAAGUGAUCUAUAAUAUCUCAGUGUGUGAAUGCAGAUUAGGUGUGUUAAUUAUUAUUAUUGAUAAUUGAUUAUCUAUCAGAAUUUAUAGUUGUAGCUGUUUCUUUGAUUAUUUCUGUUCUGGGAAGGUGUUGGCUUUUUUCUGUCUUUUUUUUCCAACAGGAAUUUUGAACAUUUCAAACAGAGAUGUCCUGCUUCAGACAUGUAUUGUACAUAGGCUAGUAGCUGUGUAUAUUAAUAUAUUGGGAGUUAGGAACUUUGUGUUCUGUCCUCCCAAGUCAUUUUCACUCUGUACCCUCUCAAGUCUCCGUUUGUUUUCUUAUAAUAAACAGUAAAAUUGUCAAACAGA